AGUGUGUCUCUACAGAACCAAACCCUAACCCUAAAUCUAACUCCAAAUCAUCUAUAUCCAAUUCAUGGGUUCCAUCAAUAACAUCGAAACCCAGAUCAGUUAAUGCAUCGGGGACCAAAUCAACAGGUUAUUGUUUUGAUUGCUAAUGGUACCAUCGGAAAUAGACCAAAUCAACACCUGGGAUUGCUCGACGCGCUGGGAGAGGAGAUCGAUGACGAAAUUGACUUGGUUCCCCCGGUCAUCAAGGAGAUCAAGGCCGUUGUCGACGACGAGCGCAUUCGGAAAUGAGAAUUCAUUGGGAUCGAAGGAGAAGAAAUGGAAUUCAUGGGA